CUUCGUCAAAAACAACGCGUAAUUAGCGCGCGUCAGAGCGCUAAACUAACGCCGCGCUAUGACGCCGAGAUGUGUUGUACUACUAUGGUAACAUACCGUCAAACAGAGCCCGAGCGCUAUAAGUACGCAGCGCUCUGUCGCGGCGUUAGGACGCUUUGACGUCAGGCGUUGUAAUUUUUUACAAAUUUUAUUUUAGCGUCCGAGUGAAUGUGUAUUAAAAUACUAGAUAAUGCCCGAAAAAAUGAUAUACAUAGUUAGAAAAUACUCAUACUUAUACAAUGCCACAUCUGAAUUACUCGAUUUCUUAAUACUUUUAAAUUUUCACACUGCUAUCGAAAGGCACUAUGAUUUGGCGAAUGCGUUGCGUCAAGGAGCGUUAGACUCAUCUAGUCAAUUUGAAGAGCGCGACGUUAAGUACGCGGCGCUAAGUACGCGUUCUGUUUGACGAAGGCUUUAUUGUCAUGUGUACGCACGUGAUCAUGUAAGAGCAAAAGUUAAUGUAUGGAACGAAUGUUUCGUUGAUAAUGAAACUCAAAACUGACUUCAAACUGAAGCUUAUGAAUACGGGAAUCCUGUUAAGCGGACUAAAUGAAUUUGUUACGAUUCUAAGCUGUCCGUCUCAUUUUAAAUGGUUAAUAAGGCUGCCUGUUGUUUCUGUAUUUCUCACAAAUUGUUUCUAAAAUUUUUUAAUAGCUAAUCAUUUACAUAGUUUGACUUAACGAGCAUUCCGAUUCUUACUAUUGUGGAGCGAAGUUGACUGCCGUAAAUAUUUUAAUUUCUUUAUUACGGAAUUGGCUUAAGGGCUUUAGAAAAUGCACAGAUACAUAAAUAGAUUUGAAUUCGUAUUAAUUAUUGACGCGGUUCUUUUAAGACUCAAAUUGUAUUGACGUUUAGAUAAUAUCUUUUUAAUUGAUAUACACAUUGAUUGUCUAAAAGUGAACCCGAGACAGUAUUUAUUUAAAAGAAAAGUGUUCUUUGGCUUUCCUCAAUUAAGUUCAGCAUCAGUGAAGCGUUAGAUAUGAUGACACGUUCGUUUUGUUACGUGAAACCUGGCGACUUUGCCAAAGGUUGUUAAAUUUGCCAUGACCCGACUUAUAAGACAAAAUAAUUUAUAACGUCAAAACUUUAUGUUUCUUAACGUUUGCAAUAACUUUGAAAUAAUUUUGAAUAUUUUGUUGGCAACAUCUUAUUUUUUUUGACAACCCAGAUUUGAAAAAAUUGACAUUUUUGGCCGUUACAUUUUUCAACUGCUAAGUUCGUGGUAACUACGUGCUCCAGAACUUCAGUGUAAAUAAGUGAGUUUUAUGUUUUGUAGGUAAGUUAAAUUUUAAAAUAACAUUCUUAAUAGUGUUUUUUUAUCAAAGUUAUGGUAAUUUACGUUCUAUAAAUUAAUUUAGUCUUAAAAUCACUGUUGGCAAAUUUGCUAACCAGAUACAAAGUUUUGGUGAUGUAAACUUUGCCAUGUUUUCUGUGAGGCUAGGGCUGUCACAAAAAUAUUAAAAAAAAAAUACUUUUAUUGUUACUUAAUUUCAAAUCCAAAUUAUCAUACUUCUAUUAUUUAUAUGGAUGGAUAAGUAUUUGUUACUCUUUCAAGUAAAGACUACUUAACGGAUUUUGCUCAAACGUAGAUAACUAUAUCCUAUAUAUUAUUCUGAUCUAUAAAAUAGUAUCACAUUAAGAGCUACGAGCUUAGAGUAGUAACCAUGAACGCUAUCACGGCAAAAUCAUGGGAGUCAGCUAAUAUAAGUAUAAAAUAUUCAAUUAUUUUCAUUAUAUCAUUUUAGAACAUGGGCGGUAGCCGUUCAAGACGUGUGCUGGGGAGUAGAUCCUAUAAAAAUUAUUCGGCUCAAAUGUUAGACACCGCAGUGGAUCUGGUAAGCCGCAAAAUUAUUUCAUCUUUAGAGGCAUCAAAGCAAUUUCUAAUUCCCAGAAGAACAAUAGACAAUAAAGUGAAAAAGAAACACCCAAAAAAGCCAGGAGCUCAGCAACGACUUACUGCUGCCGAAGAACUAGACAUAAUAAAAGUACUCACCGCGGCAGCAGAUUUUGGGUCACCUGUAUCGAGAUUGGAACUUAGGCUCAUCGUCCGCACAUACUUGAACAAAAAUAAUAAGGGGCAUUUGUUUAAACACAACCUUCCUGGAAAGUGGUGGGUUAAAAAUUUUUUGAACCGCCAUAAAGAAAUGCUAACAGAAAGAGCCGUGCAAAACAUUAAAAGAGUUCGCGCUUCUACUAAUACUGAUGACUUUGAAAAUUAUUUUGAAAAUUUACGUAAAUCUCUUGAUAAAAUACCGGCUAAAAACAUUUUAAAUUAUGAUGAGACUAAUCUCUCGGAUAAUCCUGGUUCAACGAAAUGUAUUUUUAAACGUAAAGUAAAAUAUCCGGAACGUAUAAUGAAUACUUCCAAAGGAAAUAUUUCUAUAAUGUUUGCUGCGACGGCGGAUGGUACUCUGUUACCUACAUAUACCGUUUAUAAGGCUGAGCAUUUAUGGACAACGUGGUGUGAAAAUGGGCCUGGCAAAGCGCGAUAUAACAGGAGUAAAUCUGGUUGGUUCGACUCGACAGUUUUCCAAGACUGGUUUAAUUCAGUUAUCAUACCAUGGGCAGACAAACUGGAUGGUCCAAAGUUGAUUAUAGGCGACAAUCUUUCAAGCCACCUUAAUAUUGAUAUAGUCAGUAAAUGUGAAGAACGGAACAUAAGAUUUACUUUUUUACCACCAAACUCAACUCAUAUAUCCCAACCACUGGAUGUGGCAUUUUUUGGUCCCUUAAAAAGAAAAUGGCGCGAUAUUUUGACCCAAUAUAAAAUACAUAAUCCAGCAGAACCUCAAAUUAACAAAGCCCACUUCCCCAUGUUGUUAAAAUCUCUAUUAGAGGCUAUAGAAAUAAAUAGUAAAGCAAAUAUCUGCGCUGGAUUUAAGGCAACAGGCAUAGUGCCUUUUAAUCCCCAAACAAUAUUACGAAAGAUACCCGAUUAUGAAGAGCAAAACAAUUAUACAAUCGAUACCGCGCUCUUAGAUUAUUUGAAAGCCAAUCGUACAGCGAACCCUCUACAAAAAUUAAGAAACAAAAAAUUAAAUAUUACUCCAGGUAAGUCUAUUUCCUCUCAAGAAGUUCAGUUAUUCAUGACGAAAAAGAAAUCUAAGUUAUCUAGAGAAACAAAUCGAAGUAACAUUAACGAAGCUCAACAAACUUUUCUUGAUCUAGAAACGAAUCUUGAUGCAGAGCCAGUGAUCGAUGAGCCUAAUUCAAAAACCCGACCAAAGGUUACUAUUCUUUCAGAAGUCAGAUUUAGUCCAUAUAAUUGCGCCUAUGCAGAUUUGACAAAGAUGCUUCCACAGAAUCUUAAAAAGGUAGAUAAAAGCUACAACAUAUUCAAAUCUGAAAGUAAGGAGAAUCUGCCCGUAAUUCAACCUGAAGAAGAAUUUUUAGAGUACAUAGAUUACGAAAACCAAAUGCCAUCAACGUCUGCAGAUAAUAAAAGGUUGAUACUUAAAAAACCGGAGUCAUGUAAUGCAAAAAAGAAGAUAAAGAGAGACAAUAGUGACGACAAUAGCGAAAAUAGUGACAGUUAUUCCUUAAGAGAUACUUCUGAAGAUGAAUGUUUUAUACCAUCGGAAUCAGAGUCAUGUGAAGAUUUUGAAGAACAAAAUGUACAAAAUACAGUGAAAAAAUGUGAAACUCUUCGGAUUGAUAGUUACGUUUUAGUUAAAUUUUGUGGGCCAAAAACCAACAAAUACUAUGUUGGAAAAGUAUUGGAUAUUAUUGAUGAUUCUGGUAUGUAUGUUAAAUUUAUGAGGAACAGAAAGGAAGAAUUUUAUUGGCCACAUAUCGAUGACAUUAGUUAUACAGUAAAAAGUGACAUCGAAAUUAUCCUAGGAAUCCCUCACGAGGGUCGAAGAGGUACUUUAAGAUUUGACUGUAUCGACUUUUCAAAGUAUAAUGUUCAAUAAUAUGGUUAUGUGCCCAUCGGUAUGUCAUUUAUGAUGAUUCCUAAAUGAUUGAUGAAUGGUGAAUGAUUUUAUAAUUAGGUACAUUAAGUAUUUUCAUAUUUAAUGAUAACUUAAAAAAAUUUAACCCCAAAUUUUGUCUUAUGCUUGAUUAUGUUUCUUGUUACAACUGAUUAACAAAGUCUUUGCUUUAUCUUGAACACUAAAUAUUUUUUUUAAAUUUCUUGGGCUCUUAUCAUUUUAAUCUUUGGUUUUACAAAAUUAUCAAGAUUACCUUACAAAAAAAAAUUGAUACUUUCCUUUAUGUUAUUGUGAUUUAUGUCGAUCUCAUAUCCUCGUUAAGGGUUUAUUUAUUUAUUGAUAAGUUCAAAGAUUUUAAGUUCCUAAACACUAUCAUAAGAUUGGAUAAGUUUAUCAUUGUAACUGAUUACCAAAAGUACUAUUUAAUUUAUCCUAUCUUUAUUAAAGCGUAUUUUAUAACCUAUAUAUUUUAAUAAGAUAAUUUACUGAUAGACUGAAAGAUUUUAUGCUCCUAAGCAUUAUUUUAUACUUGUUUGAAUAUAUGGUUAAAAUAACUGAUUAUACUAUGUAGGUACCCUAUAUUUAUUAAAGUUUUUUUAAAACCUUAAUAUUUUUUAAUCUUGUGACAACCCUGACUCUCAUUUCUAUUUUGUUUGAAAAAAUCUAAAAAGGGCGGCUAAAUUUGCCACAUUGUAGAUAUUUCCAUUACUAGCCGAGAAUAUGAUAAAAUUUUAGUAUAAUUUUACUGUGACCAAGUCUGUGGCGAUGACAACAGUGGCAUUUUACAGUAAUUCCAUUUAUUUCAUUUAAAAUUUGGGUAUGGCAAUCUUACCAAAAGUGACGGUUAACUUUGCCAUUUUUGUUUUUGGACUUAAAUAUCAAUUAUAUUUAAGAAAACAAUAGAUAUUUGGUUACAUUUCAACUAUGCAUAAAAUGCACUAUCAAGCUGAUUGAUUGCUUUUUUAUAUUCUCAUAGAGAUUUUUUGAGAAAAACCUUUCCAAACUUUUUUAUCCGCCAAAAAGUGGCAAAGUUGCCAGGUUUCACGUACCUCUAUGCAACAAUAUUAAGUAGUCAUUUACAAGAACAGUUUCGUUUUGUAAACCACUAGGGACUACCGUUGUGUGUUUUUUGUUUGGAUAUUAGAUAAAUUAUUUUAGUCUCAUUUAAAUAGGAAAAAAAUUUUUUUGGGGCGUUUGAGUUUUUAAAUAAACUUAUAAUUCGAAAUGGCGGAAGAAGUAAACAGUAAGAGAGAGGUUCAGGUGCACGGAACUGGAAGAAUAGUGAAGAAUGUUCUGGUGAUAAGUUUGGCGUUUAUGACGCAAUUCACUGCGUACAGCGGUGCGGCGAAUCUGCAGAGCUCGAUAAACGCUAGUGCUGGCCUCGGAACCGCCGCACUGGCCGCCGUGUACGCGGGACUCAUCCUCUCAAACAUAUUCCUGCCUGUAUUUGUCAUCAAGUGGCUCGGUACGAAGUGGACAAUAUCCUUCUCGUUUCUCACGUAUAUGCCGUAUAUAGCGGCGCAGCUGUAUCCCCGAUUCUACACCAUGAUCCCGGCGGGACUGCUCGUGGGUCUAGGCGGCGGACCUUUAUGGUGUGCCAAAUGCACUUAUUUAUACGUCAUGUCUGAAGCUCAUAGUGCGAUUUCGAAGAUAACAGCCGAAGCGUUGCUCGUACGCUUCUUAGGAAUAUUCUUUAUGAUAUUUCAUACGAGCCAAAUUUGGGGUAACCUCAUAUCGUCUCUAGGAAUUUAUCUAGCUUGUAUGGCUGGAGCUGCUAUUAUAGUUGCCGUUGGAGUGGAUCCGAUGAAAAAGUUUGAUACGAGAGGCAGCGGCUCUGGUACGGGUCUGUCUGGGUUGGCAUUGUUGGCCGCAACUCUAAAGCUGCUAAUCGAACCGAAUCAAAUCUUAAUGAUUCCAAUAAACGUCUUCUUAGGAUUCCAACAAGCGUUUUUUGGGGCGGACUUUACUGCGGCCUUCGUGUCUUGUGCCGUCGGCACGGGGUCCGUUGGUUUUGUUAUGAUGACUUAUGGAUUGGCUGAUGCAAUAGGCUGUAUCGUAAAUGGAUAUAUAGCAAAGAUAAUCGAUCGUCUGCCUUUAAUAUGUAUAGCUACUAUAAUAAACAUUGCUAUUUUGACGACGCUAUUGACGUGGCAUCCUAAUGGUGGACAAGCCUAUGUGCUCUACAUCAUAAUUGUUGUUUUGGGAUUCAGCGAUUCGAUCUGGAUCGUCCAGAUUAAUGCGUACUAUAGCAUUUUGUUUCCUGGAAGAGAAGAGGCAGCUUUCUCAAACUUCAGGCUAUGGGAGUCGGUCGGUUAUAUUGUAGCUUACGUGAUCUCUCCAUACCUCAGAACCAGCGUUAAGACCUACCUUAUGUUAUCAUUACUAGUUUUAGGAUUAUCAUGUUAUUUCACUGUGGAAUAUCGAGAAAGAAGGAAAAAGUCGAAGUUGAAUACGCCUGAUGUGGGUUGUGAUAAUUUCGCUUUUCAGAUUUGUGAGAAGUAGUAAAACAUAUUAACUAAA